CGGCAGAAAGAAAGGGAUUAUCUGUAUGUUAUGCAAGAAGUAUCUGGUCGUCGAUAAGAAAUACGAAAAAUAGAACUUAUAUGCGUAUAUUUACAUUUGAGACGAACAACAAAGUAGGACUGUUAUUGAUUAACACUGUUAAAUGGACUACUCAAAAGAGCACAGUCAGGACCUUGUAUGUGGGAGCAACACGGCAACAAGAAUCAACAGUCGAACAAGAAGGAAAGUUAAAAUGCACCUUGAUACCUGGAGAUGGUGUUGGACCGGAACUGGUGGUUGCAGUUCAGAAUGUUUUCAAAGCUGCAGAUGUCCCAGUUGAUUUUGAGCCUUAUUUCCUGUCUGAAGUAAAUCCAACUCUCAGUGCUCCUUUGGAUCAAGUUUCAAAUAGUAUUGCUAGGAAUCGAGUUUGUUUAAAGGGAAUCUUAGCUACACCAGACCACUCUCAUACAGGAGAACUACAAACUCUGAACAUGAAAUUGCGCAAGAGCCUGGAUCUGUAUUCAAAUGUUGUACAUGUAAAGUCUCUGCCAGGUGUUAGAUCACGUCAUCAAAAUGUAGACUGUGUCAUCAUUAGAGAACAAACAGAAGGAGAAUAUUCCGCAUUGGAGCAUGAAUCUGUGAAGGGGGUAGUAGAAUGCCUGAAAAUUGUAACCGCCACUAAAAGCCAAAGAAUCGCCAAAUUCGCCUUUGACUAUGCAGUAAAAAAUAACCGCAAAAAAGUCACAUGUGUUCACAAAGCUAAUAUAAUGAAACUUGGUGAUGGGCUUUUCCUCAAAUCGUGCCAAGAAAUUGCCAAAAUGUAUCCCAGGAUUACAUUUGAAACGAUGAUCGUUGACAACUGCACUAUGCAGAUGGUCUCUAAUCCGCAUCAGUUUGAUGUCAUGGUAAUGCCAAACUUGUACGGUAAUAUCGUAGAUAAUCUCGCAUCUGGUUUGGUCGGCGGUGCUGGAGUAGUCGCAGGUGCCAGUUACAGUGCCGAAUGUGUAGUCUUUGAACCGGGUGCAAGACAUACGUAUUCCGAGGCAGUGGGUAAAAAUGUUGCGAAUCCAACUGCAAUGUUUCUGUGCGCCGUGAAAUUACUGAAUCAUGUUAAUCUCAAACGCUACGGCGAACAGAUCCGAGAAGCAUUGAAUCGCGUAUUAAACGAUGGAAAGGUGCUGACCAAGGAUCUGGGCGGACAAAGUUCGACGACGGAGUUUACCGCCGCUGUCAUAAACAGUCUGCGUUAACGACACGUUUUAUUAUGUAAUAUAGGAGGAUGGAUUCUUGAUAUCGUCUGAACUCGUCUCGAGACCGUUUAUUCAGAUAUCUCAAGUGAUAUCAAUGAAUUUUCUCGUAGUGCUACACCCAUCAUAGGAUAUAUCUAAUUUGAACAUUGUAAGUUUGUAAACUUGAGCAAUUUUAGGAAUUUAUUAUAAUCUCGUAAUCUCUCUUUUGUGACAAUGGCGUAUUAUACGUUCUGUAAGCAAAAAAAAGAAUAGUAAUAUCGCAGUGAACAAUAAUGUCCACUGCAUGUCAUUCGGUUACAAUAUACGGAAUGCAUGAUUAGUUUAAUAGCACGAUGCGCAAUCUUAUGCGUGAAACACAUAUACAUGUAUAUAUAAUAAACACUACCUCGUACAUCCCAUUAAAAAUUACAAUGAAGUUCCAUUAUUCUGACUGAGACGUAUCGCCACAUGUAUUGUGUAAAGUAGCUUUUAUGUUAAAAUAAUGAAAAAUAAUGAGUGUUA